AUGGCCAAUCUUCCUGAUUUGCCUGAUGAGCCUCCUGUUAUUAUUCUACCUGGCCCUAGUCCUCCACCAUCUCAGCCACUAUCUCCUCAACCAUCUCCUCCUCCACCAUCUCCUCCACGUUCUCCAUCACCUUCACCACCACAGUCACCUUCACCUCCUCCUCCACCAGAGGCUCCUGAGCCACAUUGCUCAACUCGAGUGAGCCAACCUCCUGGUGAAUGGUGGAAAGUGACUCACAAGGUACAUGAACCUGGAGAUGCUGAUGAUGAGGAUGGUUAUGAGGAAGUCCAGUUUGCUGGAUUGGCUGCUGAGGAAGCUACACAGGAUGAGUAUAAUGUAAUCAAUGGAAAUGAGACCUGGGAGAUUGUUGAUCUACCUCCUGGGAAGAAGGCUAUUGGUUCAGGUUGGGUCUUUAAAAUCAAGUUUAAAGCAGAUGGUACUAUUGAAUGGUACAAGGCUAGGAUUUUGGCAAAGGGUUACAGCCAACACCCUGGCAUUGACUACACUGAAGUCUUUGCUCCCACAUUUCGUCUUGCCACUCUGUGCUUGAUUCUGGCUUUGGCUGCAAUAGAGGACAUGCACCUCCGCUCUGUUGAUGUUACCUCUGCUUUUCCUAAUGGCAAUCUGGAAGAGGAGAUCUAUAUGCUCCAACCAGAGGGGUACCAUCAGGGGGGGCCUAACAAGGUGUCAGCCAUGUAG